AUGUACAAGUUUGCCGUAGAUCAUAAGGCGACACGUGUCUUUAACACGUUGCACAUGCACAAGUUCACCUCUGAUGGGGUUCUCGUCAUGCUGACGUCUUGCUCAGGUCAGCACCAGGUCGUCAAAAACACCAUCCUUCUCUCCGCCAUGGCUUUUCCGUACAUGGAGUCUGUUGUCGGUUUUAUGAUAAUGGUGUAUUUUUUUGAGACUUAUCUUGAUUUGAGGCAACAUGCUGCUCUUAAGUUGCCAACUCUUCCCAAACCGUUGGUUGGAGUUAUCAGUCAAGAAAAAUUUGAAAAAUCCCGUGCUUAUAGUCUUGAAAAAAGCCAUUUCCAUUUUGUGCACGAAUUUGUAACCAUAAUUGUGGAAUCUGCAAUUUUGUACUUUGGGAUAUUGCCCUGGUUUUGGAAGAAAUCUGAAGAGCUUUUGGUGUUUGCUGCCCUCAAUCCAGAAAAUGAGAUAUUGCACACUCUUGUAUUUUUAGCUGGUUUUAUGUUUUGGUCACAGUUAACUGAUUUGCCAUUUUCUUUAUACUCUACUUUUGUCAUCGAGGAACGCCAUGGGUUCAACAAGCAAACAGUAUGGUUAUUCUUCAGGGAUAUGAUCAAAGGAAUUCUUUUAUCUGUUGUCAUUGGUCCACCUAUUGUAGCUGCUAUCAUAAUAAUUGUGCAGAAAGGAGGUCCGUAUUUGGCAAUAUAUCUUUGGGCAUUUAUGCUUAUCGUGUCUCUCGUGAUGAUGACUAUUUACCCAGUUCUCAUUGCCCCACUUUUCAACAAGUUUACUCCUCUUCCAGAGGGAGAUCUUAGGACCAAAAUUGAGAAUCUUGCUUCAUCUCUUAAAUUUCCAUUGAAAAAGUUGUUUGUUGUUGAUGGAUCAACAAGAUCGGGCCACAGCAAUGCUUACAUGUAUGGAUUUUUCAAGAACAAGCGAAUUGUGCUUUAUGACACAUUAAUUCAACAGUGUAAGAAUGAGGAAGAGGUUGUAGCUGUUAUUGCCCAUGAACUGGGUCACUGGAAGCUCAAUCAUACUAUGUACUCUUUCGUUGCAGUUCAGAUCCUGACACUGUUGCAGUUUGGAGGAUACACUCUGGUUAGAAACUCUAAAGACCUGUUCCAGAGUUUUGGGUUUGACACGCAGCCAGUCCUUAUUGGACUUAUCUUAUUUCAGCAUACUGUUAUGCCUCUUCAGCAUAUCGUGAGCUUCUUACUUAAUCUCGUUAGCAGGGCAUUUGAGUUCCAGGCUGAUGCUUUUGCCAAGAAGCUCGGUUAUGCGGUACCUCUUCGGGCUGGGUUGAUCAAGCUGCAGGAAGAAAAUCUAUCAGCUAUGAACACUGACCAUUUGUACUCCGCGUACCACUAUUCACAUCCUCCCCUGGUCGAAAGACUAGCUGCCAUUGACGAGCCAGACAAAAAGACCGACUAA